CUAAUUAGCUUCUCCCUUUCUGUCAAUGGGAACUCGGCUAGCUCCUCCGAGACACCACUUAGAUAAUCGCCCGUCGUUGUGAAACAGUUAAAGAUGCUUAACACGUGACACAAUUGUAUGUCUGUGACAUGUUCCAAUGACACCGGUUGUAGCCAACGAGUUGCAGCACACUAAAUCGAGUUGAUCAUCUUCAUUUUGCGAAGAAAUGACUACUGUCAUGCAAGAGGGCAAAGACAAAAUAAUCUUUGUCACCAAAGAAGAUCAUGCAACACCCAGCAACGCCGAGCUUGUUGAGGAAGACCCUGAUGAUCCUUAUGAGGAGCGAGGGCUGAUUCUUCCCAGUGGGGAGAUUAACUGGAGUUGUCCCUGCUUGGGUGGGAUGGCCAGUGGUCCCUGUGGGACCGAAUUUAAGGAGGCCUUCUCCUGCUUCCAUUACAGUAAAGAGGAGCUGAAGGGCUCUGAGUGUCUGGAUCAGUUCAGAGCAAUGCAAGAGUGCAUGCAGCUCUAUCCGGAACUCUACCCACAAGAAGAAAAUAAGAUACCUGACGCAAAUGCAGAGCAGACUUCAGAAGAUGGCACAGCUUCUGAUUCCAAGUCCACAUCUAACCCUGUGCAGGACUCAAAUAGCUCGGACGCCAGUGCAGGGAGUUCACUGGAAAACUAAUACCUGUCAUCGGUUUGGGAAAGACUUUAGGUGGGCCCUGAUGUGCUAGUUACCCAUUUCCGCUUUUUGUUUGUCUGAUUCGGAAAUAAUAAUCAGAGCACACAAACUGUUGACCAUGGAACAAAUAAUUAUUUACAAAAAAGCUUUCAUUUUAUUUCAUGUAUCACGUAGAUUGCACUUGUUUUCAUGUAAUGUACUGCAUUCAGCAGACUGAUUUAAGAAUUGAGCUUCCAAGUGGGGCCAAGCCUUCUGUAAAGCAGACACGGUAUUUACCUCAACUCUUCCAAUGGCAUUCAUGUCACUUAAAUAGUUACCAAUAAAUACAAUUGAUCUUUGACUACA